AUGUCGGGUGUGUCGACCUUCUUAUCAGCUUUGGAGACUAUGCCGGAGGACGAACCUCCGCUGAGCAUCGCAGUUCCACACUCAGAGUCACCUCCACGCCACUAUCAGGCGGAAGAUCGAGCUGAUAUUGUGAAAUGUAUUCUUCGACACAUGAGUAGCGAUCCCAAGUUGUCCAUUUCUGAGUGGGUUGCCAGGACCUGUGGAUGGACUGGAGCAGAGCUGAAAGCUUUGAUAACAAAUGCUGGUUUUGAUGCUAUGAGAAGAAUGUCGAAUGGGUCAUCAUGUUCCGUCAUUGUAAAGGACUCAAACAUUGCUGCCGUCUUCCAUGAUUCUCUCCCUCAGCGGCAUAAUAGGAUCAAGAAACAACUCGAUGUCGGAAUUAGACUAACCCAUUCUUGA